AGAUUGAGGCCACUAUUUAACCGCACGGCCGCCGCGCAACGACCUGUUGUGAUCCCGUCAUGGCGCGCUACGCCCGUGUCGCUACUUUGGCCGCGUGUCUCUUGUUCGCCUGCGCGGUAGCCGAGGGGCACCGAUGGAAGCGGCAAUCGGACGACUCGGCCAAGAAAGAUGAAAGCCUGGAGCAAGAGCUAUGCAAGGACAAGGACGCCGGCGAGUGGUUCCGGCUGGUGGCCGGCGAGGGCGACAACUGUCGCGACGUGAUCCAGUGUACCGCCUCGGGUAUCCAGGCUAUCCGUUGUCCAGCUGGUUUGUAUUUCGACAUCGAGAAACAGACUUGUGACUGGAAAGAUGCGGUGAAGAACUGCAAGUUGAAGAACAAGGAGCGUAAGGUGAAGCCGCUGCUGUACACGGAGGAACCGCUGUGCCCGGACGGCCAGCUGGCCUGCGGCGACUCCAGCUGCAUCGACCGUGGACACUUCUGUAACGGAGAGAAGGACUGCGCUGACGGCUCCGAUGAGAACUCUUGUGAUAUCGACAACGACCCGAACCGAGCCCCGCCGUGCGACCAGUCGCAGUGCGUACUGCCCGACUGCUUCUGCUCAGAGGACGGCACCGUCAUCCCUGGCGACCUGCCGGCGCGCGACGUGCCUCAGAUGAUCACCAUCACCUUCGAUGACGCCAUCAACAACAACAACAUCGAACUCUACAAGGAGAUCUUCAACGGCAAACGCAAGAACCCCAACGGCUGCGACAUCAAAGCCACUUUCUUCAUCUCCCACAAGUACACCAACUACUCCGCCGUGCAGGAGACGCACCGCAAGGGACACGAGAUCGCCGUACACUCUAUCACGCACAAUGAUGACGAACGUUUCUGGAGCAAUGCGACCGUCGACGACUGGGGUAAGGAAAUGGCUGGUAUGAGAGUGAUCAUAGAGAAGUACGCCAACAUCACGGACAACAGCGUGGUGGGUGUCCGGGCUCCGUACCUACGAGUCGGCGGCAACAACCAGUUCACCAUGAUGGAGGAGCAAGCCUUCCUCUACGACAGCACCAUCACUGCGCCUCUGUCCAACCCCCCUCUAUGGCCGUACACUAUGUACUUCCGCAUGCCGCACCGUUGCCACGGCAACCUGCAGAGUUGCCCGACCAGGAGCCACGCCGUGUGGGAGAUGGUAAUGAACGAGCUCGACAGACGCGAGGACCCCAGCAACGACGAGUACCUGCCCGGCUGCGCUAUGGUUGACUCCUGCUCCAACAUUCUUACCGGGGACCAGUUCUACAACUUCUUGAACCACAACUUUGACCGUCAUUACGAACAAAACCGCGCUCCACUCGGUCUCUACUUCCACGCCGCUUGGCUAAAGAACAACCCUGAAUUCUUAGAAGCUUUCCUUUACUGGAUCGAUGAGAUCCUCUCCAGUCAUAACGACGUUUACUUCGUGACUAUGACUCAGGUGAUCCAAUGGAUCCAGAACCCCCGCACUGUCACCGAGGCCAAGAACUUCGAGCCAUGGAGGGAGAAGUGCGCGGUAGAGGGCAACCCCGCGUGCUGGGUUCCGCACUCGUGCAAGCUAACCUCGAAGGAGGUUCCCGGGGAGACCAUCAACCUGCAGACGUGCUUGCGGUGUCCCGUCAACUACCCCUGGCUCAACGACCCCACGGGUGACGGCCACUACUAAGCACCAGAUCUCGAGCCGCACGCGCUCUAUUAGAUGAUAAUAAAUUGAGAUUGAGGGAUUGCAUGGACAACAUAUUCGGAGGCACACUAUCUAUACCUGAUGCCAAUAACAACUCGAUGUAGCUCGACUCUACUAUGAAUAUGUUUUCCGGUAGUUUCAAAGUGUACCGGGUUAUAAUCCCGUCCGUAGUCUAAGUACCUACCUAUAUGUAAUAUAGACUCACAUAAAUAUUUAAUAGGUCUGUUUUAUACUUUGUGUGAUUUUUCUAAUGUAAGUCUGUUUGAUAAAUUUAAAAAUACAAAAAUACAAAAAUCGA